CCGUGAUCAAAACGUGGUUAAAUUUGUUGUUGGCGCGGAGGAGUAAACAUCUAUUCCGACAUUGACGUAGGGUGCUGGUUUCAAAACUGUAUCCAGAACAACAACAUCCAUAUAUUUGAUUUACAAUUCCAAGUCACAUGUCACAUAGUAUCGAUGUCUAAAUACAAUAUUUCAGCCAUGUCUAAAUUAGAAGAAAAGCCUAGGGUGUUUUUAGAAGAAUUCCGAGUUAAGAAUGCACCAAAUGACUACGGUUUUGCUGAUGAAAAAUGGAGUUUUAAAAAAUUUACAAAGAAAUUUCGUAUAAUAAUUGUUAGAAUGAAUGACUUCGAAAUGGAGUUUGACUUGAUUGGUAUACAACCGGCAUUUGCUAAUGCUUUCCGAAGGUUAAUGCUUAGUGAAGUACCAAGUAUGGCGAUAGAAAAGGUUGCCAUUAGAAAUAAUACUUCUAUUAUUCAAGAUGAAGUAUUAGCCCAUAGAUUAGGAUUAAUUCCACUAAAGGCAGACCCUAGACUAUUUGAAUAUCGAGCAAAAGAUUCAACAGAAGGCACAGAAUUUGAUACAUUGGAAUUUUCACUAAAAGUUAAGUGCACAAAUAACAAAACACAAAUAAAGGAUUCCUACAGACCAGAAGAUUUGUAUGAAAACCAUUGUGUAUACUCCUCUCAAAUAAAGUGGCACCCAAUUGGCAAUCAAGCCUCUGUACAUAAGGAAAUUGAUGUAGGGCCUGUACAUGGUGACAUUUUGAUAUCUAAAAUGAGGCCAGGCCAUGAGUUAGAUCUUCAUUUAGUUGCUGUAAAGGGUAUUGGCAGUGAUCAUGCGAAAUUUUCACCUGUUGCCACUGCAUCUUAUCGCUUAUUGCCAGAAAUAAUACUAACCCGUGAAGUAACGGGUAGUGAUGCAAAAUUAUUGCAAACUUGUUUCUCUCCAGGAGUCAUAGACAUUGAUUCUAAUGGCCGAGCUUUCGUGAAAGACGCUCGAUAUGAUGUUUGUAGUAGAAAUGUUUACAAAUAUGAUGAAAUAAAGGAUGCAGUAGUCUUAAGUAGAAUUAGAGAUCAUUUUAUAUUUACCGUGGAGUCAGUAGGAGCAAUGUCGCCCGAUGUGAUAUUUUCAGAAGCUGUUAAAAUAUUGAGAGACAAAUGUAAAUGUUUAUUGGAAGAAUUAAAUACAUUAUAAAAUCA